AGCAUGCAAGAUGGCGGGCGAAAUGCGUGGAGAAAACUUGUAUCGUGAAGUUUUACUGCAAAUUGAGCGAAACUCUUGCCAAGAAGUCGAAAUAGACACAGGGUCUUUACCUAAUGUCACUAUAAAGACAGAUGGACAUAUUAAAUCCGGUGCAGGAGGAGGCUUUUCUUACAAAGAUACAGCAAGAGUCGAGUCUUUUGGAAAGAAUCGUUUUAUACAUUGGAAAACUUCAAAGAAUGUAUUGGAGUUAUCAGAGGAGUCUCUUGAUGUUAACCUGUUGGGAAAUUUUUUGAAAAUCCAUUUUCAAAAUGCAUCUCUGCUACCACAUGCAGAAAUAUUUGAGACAUCUUCAUCUGUUGUUGUGUUGGCAGCUACAACAAAUUCAGUUCAUCGGUUCAUAUUCCCUCAUCCAAGCAGACUUCAGAGACAUGACUUCUCAUUGUCUCCACGGGUGACAAUCAGCAUUCAAUCCAUCUUCAGCGACUGCAACAUACCUGAUGUUUAUUCUCCCUGGAACUUUGCGAUGUUCCCACACAGCUGUAGUUCAUUCAGUGCCUGGCUCUGUCAUGAUGGACAUUGUCUCUUCAACCUGAUAACAAAUGAGGGGACAACAUUAUUGGUCAAACUUCCUCCAGUGAAUGGUGAAGAAACUGUUGAACAUUAUGAGUUAAAAAAUGCUGGUGUUAUGCAAAGACUGUGGAGUGGUCUAGUGCCUUCGAGAAUACGCGGUGAUGGUGUAGCUAGUGAUGGUGUUAUCAGCGCUCAGAUUAAUCCCAUCUCAAAAGAGACUUACAUAUUCACACUUUGCCAAGACUAUAAAAUUCGUGUUUGGAGCUGUCAGACUCAGGAAUGUGUUUCUGUCAAGAAUCUUUUGGAUGACAUUCCUGAUGAUGUUGACCUACAGAAUGUUACAGGCCAAAGCCACAUGUUACGUAAGGCUAUCAAUUCGACGGCACAGCGCAUAUACCUUGGUGUGUUUCUGUCUCUUUCACAGAAUGUUCAGUUUGCAAUUUAUGAAGUGGUGUAUCUGGAUGGGAAAAUUACUCUGAUUCUCGUUACAAAUUUCUUCUCACCCAAGGGUAACCUUAUUGAUUUUGUUGUGUCAACGAAACAAAUUUGGACAUUAUGGAUGUCUGAUGAUGGCGUACCUUUUGUACAGUACACAUUGAUUGAAAGUUCCCAACUGUCUCCGACUGGUUGGCAAAAUGUGUUCCUUGAUAAUACUCUUCCCAAUGAAAUAUUUAUCUUAGAAAAUCAAGAACCAAGAGAGGCGUAUUUGGACUACAUAUUUCAUCCUGGAAGAUUCUCAAAGUGUACGAUUGAUAAAGCUAUCAAGAUAUUUGAUACUUCACCGCGAAGACCUUUAACAACUGUGAGAAAGACGCAUUUGAAGGAACAAGUCACGGCUCUCGUCGAUGCUCAGGUCCAAAACUCUGCGAACACAAAUGAGUUAGGAUUUCAGGAGUUCUCAGAUCUGCAACUUCAAAUGUGGUCGAGAUUUUAUGCCUGCGUCGUUCAGUAUCACGAGGCUGCAAAUAAGCCGCUUGGAUUGUUUGUCAAUAUGGUCGGCGAUCUAGUCGCUGUUAUUCGCAAGGAAGCGAUAUCAAUUUUACGGCCUUGUGAUGACGUCACCACGCUGUAUUGGAACCCAGUUUCCGAAGAAGCGCUGACCUCACUUGCAGAUUCCCUCUCAGUUGAAGACCAUGCCGACAGAAACGACGUGCAGUACUUAUUGAAAUGCGUGAAUCUCGUAAACCAACGGCUCUCGCAAGACCACGUGACGCUCGUGGACGGCGAACUAAAGUGUGGUCAUGACGCCAUCUCCAUCACGCAAGAUAUCGCCGGAGUGCUUGUCAUCGAACAAGAUCAAAGAUCUGAUGGCAAAGACAGACAGUUCUUGAUGGAUGUUGAAAUGAACUUGCAAAAGGUUCAGAGUCUUGUGAAAACAGUUGAGAAUGUUUUGAAUAUGCUGGAUAUUUCACAGGAUCUUGAAGAUGAUGACAUAGAGGAACUAGGUGGGGAUAUUCGAACACAACAUCUCAAUUUAAGACGCUUGUUCGCCAGUGAUCUGUCGGUCCGGAUCCUAGCGAGUGCUUUGGGACAGCAAUGUCAAACCAGAAUGUCCUUGUGCAGAGAUCUGCUCAUAUUGAUGCAAAUCAUCGCCAGAAUUAGUGCUAGAGCAGGUCUUGUUUCCCUGGGGAGUUACACGAUAUCCUCGGAGCAUGUUCCUCGAGCAUCCUAUCUCUUGCGUAUAUACUACAGUCUACAUUGGCUCUCAACACAGUCAGUUCUACCGACGCCGCCUAAUGCAUUAGACAGCAAUCUAAAGCAGUUGGCUGCGCUGGAAAUCACCGAUACAUCCAACGUUGAAACACUGGUCGUUCCAGAAAGCACAAGUUGCACGGUGCUGGAGCUAUUCCUGUCAGGCAAGGGAGGACAUCAAAUGAGGCUGUUACUACCAAAAAAUAUGAAAGAUACGGAAGGAAUGAACAGGGGAUCGUUUAAAACAGCCAUGGUUAAUGCUCUUGAUGCACUGAGACUUCUCUUGUGGCCAAACAGGACGAGUGUAUUCGUUUCAGAAUACUUGGUGACAAAAGGUCAAUUUCAGACAUUGCUGGAGUAUUGUUUUGUCCUUGGAGCAUGGUGUAUUGGUGGCCAGGCCAGCCGAGCAUUCCUUCAAGGACAGGCUCAUUUAGUGUUUGGAGAUUACUCUAAGGCGUUGGAUUGCUUUGUUUACGCCGUUCAAAAUCUAGAUGAGAAAGAGCCGCUGUUCAAUAAAUUACUAUUUUAUGAAUGCGAAGAUGAGAGACAAAGUGUACAGUGCUACGUCAAGGUAAUGCGAUUGUUUGAGCAGUUUGGUGCGUCUGAAUUUGUUUUGAAAGCAGCUGAUGCCGCUCUGAGCGUGGCUGAGGAACAUGAUGAAAGUUUGCCUAUUAUUUGGUCGAAUAUAUUUAAACAUCACUUGGAGCUGGGGCACAACGAUGAAGCAUACGCUGCGAUUACAUCCAACCCUGAUAUUGAAAGAAAACGCGACUGCCUUCAUCGUUUCGUGGUCGUGUUGUGUGAACGCGGUGAGCGCCUGGAAUUAGUGGAGUACCCUUAUGUUAACUUACUUGAAGAGGUGGUUAGUAUCAUUGAAUACCAUGCUAGAACUGUAGACAUCUCCACCCACAGCUACUACCAGCUGUUAUACGCCUUCCACACAUACAGAGGAAAUCACAGGAAAGCCGCCAGUGCAAUGUACGAAUAUGGAAUUAGACUUUCGCAAGAGCUGCCGGGGUUACAAAGUUUACAAAAACAAGCAAAAUGUUAUUUGACAACUAUGAACUCUUUGCGGCUCUUGGAACCUAAGAAUUCUUGGAUCGUGAAGCCUUUAGAUCGCAAGGAACAAAAGGAAAUAGAAGCGCCAAACAUGUCUCCCAAACGGAAACAAGGUGAUGAAGAUGGCGAGGAAGCUUACACCACAAUGAUUCCCAGACGAAGACGUCGUGUGACAGUGCUAGAGAUUAAGGAUCUUGAAAAAGAAUAUAUGUUGGUGUUGGCGAGAUUGCAGUUAUUACAGCAAGAUACUGAUCCAGCCCAUGUCACAGGCCCGUCGCUUUCACCAGACGAGACUUUGGUUCUGUUGGUUCAAGCAGGACAGUACGAUACAGCAUUUAGUAUUGCUAAAGCAUUUGAUCUUCCGCUGACCUCCAUAUUCGACGGCUUGGCUGCCAGAUGCGUCAAGUUGUCUUUAUACACAGCUCCCAAUACUGAUUUGGACGAACGCAUGUCUUGGUUGAAAUCAAAUGACACGAACGUCAGUGGCUUAACCAGGGACUCAAGUCCUGCUGAUCAAGCGUGGAAUCUCUUGAAUGUCUACCUGGACAGAUUUGGUUCGAAACAAAACUGUGUUUACUACAAAUGUGUCUGCACCCGGCUGUUGUCCAUGGGAUGCGUCUUACCAACUUGGCUUGUGAAUGCUUAUAAGGUGGCGAAUCCUGCAGAACUGUUACAACUGUUGAUCAAUUUUGACUUGCUUCAAGAGGCCGGUUCACUUGCACUGGAGUAUCUCAAUGCAGUCAUGGGACAUGGCAAGGAAUAUUUUGGAAUUGAGGAGACUCUGGCAGGCUGCAGCUCUCCAGUUUGGUUCCCUUAUGUCGCACUUGACCAACUUUUGGCCGCCUUGGACAAGGUUGAUGGAGAUGAAUCACUGUGCCAGUUAAAAGAUGUUCUUAAAACAAAGUUGGACGACUAUUUGAACACGGUAUCGCACGUCUCACAGGACAUGAUCGAUUUGCGAUGGAGGCAGGACAGGACACGUGUCAUGCAGGGCGUACAUUAAGGAAGGAAUCCUCGCCUGAUCGUAGGCAAACAACCUAAACGAGGAGGACUGACGCGAGUUACGUGAACGAGGCAAGUCAGGGGGGUAAAUCAAGUUAUGUUGGAUAGGGCUCCCUACCUAAUACCAUAACUGAAUUUUACAUAUUUUUUAGGUAUAUAUUUGCAAACGUAUCACAAAAGUGGUCUUUAUUCAAUCCCCAAAAGUCAUUUCAUGCUUCGCUCGAUAUCCGCUUAAUCAUGUCAUUAUCAACAAACUAUGCUUUUCAAUCCCGGGGUUAGGGUAGAAUUAAAUAGUGUUGUUUCGAGCUAAAAGCUCAGUAUUUCGUAAAUUGUGGGAUAAUCGGAAGUACGAAAUAUUGGAUAAAAGCGAAGUUGCCAAAUUUUGUAUACUUUGUAUUUUCAGUAUUGCGUGCGGAAAUGUGUAGCUAAUUUAGUUGCAUAUUUCCGUUCACAAUACAAAAGUAUACAAAAUUCUGGCAAUUUGCAUGGCUAUAUUAUUAUAUUAUCCGUACUUUAUAAAAUUCUGCCAUUAAAUUCGACAGUUUUACUAUAAUCUAAUAUUUAUGUUCUUUCAUGUUAUUCACUUCUUGUCGCUAAAUAAAAAAAUAGGCUGGAUUU